AUGCGUCUUCUACGGCUUGACAGUGACGGCCAGUGCCGCCUGACAAACUUCUUUGGAAAGGACGCCAAGGACAUUCCGUUCUAUGCCAUCCUUUCACAUACCUGGGGUGCGGACGAAGAGGAGGUCACUUACAAGGAUCUAACAGAUGGUACACGCAACUUUACUCAUAAAGCUGGCUAUCGCAAGCUCCAGUUCUGUCAACGGCAAGCUGCUCAAGACGGCCUAUUGUAUAUCUGGAUAGAUACCUGCUGCAUCGACAAGUCAAGCAGUGCGGAGCUUCAAGAAUCUCUAAACUCUAUGUUUCGCUGGUAUCAAAGGGCGGCCAGAUGCUACGUAUACUUGUCUGACGUCUCAGUCAGGAGGUCCGUCGGAGAGGAAGAAGAGUCUUGGAAGUUAGCAUUCAAGAGAAGCAGAUGGUUCACUCGCGGAUGGACACUUCAGGAGCUCCUUGCUCCAUCUUCAGUCGUGUUCUACUCCCAAGAAGCAAAGCGGCUCGGUGACAAGCGGUCCCUAGAGCGAACACUCAACGAGAUUACCGGAAUUCCAAUCAAGGCCCUUCAAGAGACCCCUUUGUCGCACUUUAGGGUGAAAGAUCGCAGAUCUUGGGCAGCAAAUCGACGAACAACACGCGAGGAAGACGAGGCAUAUUGUUUGAUAGGAAUCUUCGAUGUUUAUUUGCCGCUCAUGUACGGGAGGGGACGGGCCAUCGCGCUGAACAAACUUGAGAGGGAAAUCAAAGAGUCUUGGAAUUCAGGAGAAGUGAAAGACGUCAUUCAUAUUGGCGGCGCAUCGUGGAAGGAUCUUCAAACCUUAGACGAAAGGCAAUUAAGCGACCUGGACUCAAGUCUUGAAGAGUUUACAAGAUGGUUUUUCGAGGAAAUCAAUAUCGCCACAGUUGACAAGAUGUCAGCAGAAGCGGGUUGGAGAAUGCAAACACUGCUCAAUCGUGUCGGAGUGUCCUACAACGACGAAACCAAUCAUCUGAGAGGAAAACAUACGGAAUGGCAACAGCCAUGGGCAGAUUAUGAGGCGCAGAAUAAGCCUGAUAUUGACAGAAUGCUUGGAUUUCUGAACAAUCGGUGGUGGUGGGCGAAUGGUCAGUCCGAUUGUUUUACGGGUGUUAUUGCAGCCAAAACACUGAUAGAUCUAAUGAUUUGGAGGGACAAGUGGUAA